UCACCUCCUGUCCUGACACUUAAAAGUAGAGAACCAACUAGCUCGUCUCAGUGAUGAAAAUGACUCCUCUGGUGUUUGCUGGCUGUGUGACAUGUCUGCUCCUGGGUACAGUGGGUGAGUUUCAUCUUUUUUAAGAACUUUGAUACAUAUUUGUUAGCUUGAACUCCAAAAGCUCCAAAGAUUAAAUAUGAAAAUGUGUGUUUAUUCUUUUUUCUCCUCAGCUUAUUCUUGGGCUCAGGAACCGUCUUCAUCUUUACAUUUUAAGUCAGUUCUUGUUGGAGAGGAAGUGACUUUAAAAUGUUUUCAUCAAGGAGCUCUGGUAGAUUUCUUUUUCUGGUAUAAACAACCUUUGGGACAGAAGCCACAACUCAUGUCUAAGUUUUAUGAUUAUAAGAAAAAUGGAACUCUAGUGGAUCCUUUCAAGAACGAUCCACGGUUUGAACUGGAGACAGUUAAAGACAGAAAUCACUUGAAGAUCUCAAAUGUGGAAAUGUCAGACUCUGCUACUUACUACUGCAUUCGCUCUUAUUCUUACACAUUUACAUUUUUGGAAGGUUUUAGUGUCCAUGUAAAGAACUCUUCUUCUUACAUCCAGACUUCAGUGGAUCAGUCGUCCUCUGAGAACAUCCAUGCAGGAGACUCUGUGACUCUGAACUGUACAGUACACACUGGGAGCUGUAAUGGAGAACACAGAGUUUACUGGUUUAAAGACUCUGGAGACUCUCAUCCAGGACUCAUUUACACUGAUGGAGGCAGGAAUGAUCAGUGUGAGAGAAACAACGACGCACAAAAACACAGUUGUGUUUAUGAACUGCCUAUGCAGAACAUAACUGAGUCUCAUUCUGGGAUCUACUACUGUGCUGUUGCCUCAUGUGGACACAUACUGUUUGGAAACGGGAGCAAACUGGACCUCACAGUUGAUAUUAAAAGCCAGUACGGGAAAGGUCAUAGUGAACACUCAUACAACACACAAAG